AUGUCUCGGCCGCAUGAUCAAGAUCGCAAUCAGGAUGCGACUUGCUACGUAGGAAACCUCGACGAUCGGGCCUCAGACGCCCUCGUCUGGGAGCUCAUGCUCCAGGCCGGGCCCAUCAUCAACGUGCACUUGCCAAAGGACCGCAUCACGUCGGCGCACCAGGGCUAUGGCUUCGCAGAGUACCAGACCGAGGCAGACGCCGAGUAUGCAUGCAAGAUCAUGAAUGGGAUCAAGCUGUUUGGCAAGCCACUCCGAAUCAACAAGGCCAGCUCGGACCGCAAGCAGAUUGACAUUGGUGCGAAUCUGUUCGUGGGCAAUCUCGACGCGGGCGUCGACGAGCGGCUGCUGUACGACACGUUCAGUGCAUUUGGCAAUAUGAUCCUUAAGGAGGAAGCCUUGCUGACUGGAUCUUCCUUUGCCUUCGAUCAGGUCGCAAGGGAUCCAGCCACCAACGAGUCAAAGGGCUAUGGCUUCGUGUCUUUUGACUCGUUCGAAGCGGCCGACGCAGCCAUCGAGUCGCUCGCAAACCAAUUCCUGCUCAACAAGACGCUGUCGAUCGACUAUGCAUUCAAAAAGGACUCCAAGGGAGGCGAGAGGCACGGAACAGCAGCUGAGCGUCUUUUGGCGGCACAGGCGAGAAAGAACAAUGCCCUGCCCCCGAUACACGCCGCUGGAGCACGUCCUCCGCCCCAAGGCGGCUACGCGCAGCACUCGCAGCCGCAACAGCAACAGCAGCAGCAACAACAGCAGCAGCAGGCCCUGCCACCUCCCCCACCACCCUCCAUCCCACAGUAUGCCGGGCCUCCGCCGACGAUGGGUGGUGCCGUGCCGCCGCCUCCGCCACCAGCGCCGCCAGGGAUGCCGACGAUGGGCAUGCAAGCAGGGUAUCCUCCGCAAGGGCCACCCCCACCACCACCGCCUCCCCCCGGUGGCCCACCCCCUAUGCACCACUACCAAGGCCCACCCCCGCCCAACGGCCACUACCAGCCACAGUACUAG